GGAAGACCCGCAGUUGGGAAUCGAUUUGAUUCUCACGUACGCUCCCCGCUUCCCGUGCACCCAACUUGUGACCUGGUACUAAUUGGAAACAGACUGGAAGCUCCAUGCCGCGACCACACCGAGUAUCUCUGUCGUGAGGCAGCUAAAGACGUAGAGAAUCAAAUGUUCUUCUCCGGCCAUGCGCUCAUGGCGUCUUGUCCGCCUCCCAGCCAUAUCGAAAACGUGCCGGAAGGGAAUCAGUACCCGCACCAGACGUACGACCUGCCAUCGGCGAACCUGGAGACGCUGCUGAAUCUCAGCAAGCAGCUCGUCUCGGAGGGUCAGGUAACGCCGAUUAUGGUGUUGCAGAGCCUGAAGAACCACGAACUGUACCACACGCUGACGAGGGAGGACGUCAAGACGAUCAUCGACACGCUGUACGCCAAGAUCCGAUGCUACGGGUUCGGCGCGGUGGUCGAGGACUUUGAGCUGCAGGAUUGCCUGAGCAGUGUCUUGGGGUCCAAGCUCGAGUCUGGCAUACCGCCACCGACCAACGUAGGAGAUGAUGCACUGUAUGCGUAG